GAGCGAGGCGAGUGUUUCUCCAUUCAUUUGCUGCUUUAAUGUCUACCAUUGAGCUCCUUGACUUAACUUUACUGUUACGCUGCGUCACGGAGCCUCCUGUCCACAAGAUCCGGUACUUGCUUGUUCGGGGAAAAUCCCACAACAGAGGAUGUAAGGAGGUGCAACUAUUUAAGUUAGUGUGAUACAUACUGACUUUUUGGAUAGUUGAUCAUUGAUGGUCCAACUUCUAAACGGACAAAAAGAGGCCGUCUUUUGUAGAGGAGAUGACGGGGACUCACUUUCCACCCCGCCAAGCCAAAACUCCUCUCAAUGCGAGGGGAUCCCGAAGUUCAUAAAGGGGAUUAUUCUGCAUCUGGGCGCCUGAGACCUUCGGUGCCUCCGGAUUUUACUUUGGAUUUGGGAUUUAAUCGCUUCUCGCCCGGAUGGAAAGCCGUGAUUUCGCUCCUCCGCACCACCUACUCACCGAGCGCAGCGCGCUGGUUCACGGCGCCACUUCUCGGAUGGCGUCAGGCGGCCACGGCUCCGUGCAGCACCCGGCUCACUUUCAGCCGGGGAAAUACUUCUCGUCCCAUCUCUCCAUGACUCCGCACUCAGGUGCUUCCUUUAUGGGUUCCUUCCUGUCCAGCAGUUUGGGGUCACCGCCCUCCCACCCGUCUCACCCCUCGGGACCCGUUUCCUCCCCAUCCUCUCCGUCGUACAGGACCGGACCUCAUUCCAACGCCUCCCCUAUCUGGUUCCCCCAUUCACAUGAAGGGUACCCCAGCUAUUCAGGAAGUCUUGCCUCCCCUUUUCUUCCCAUGAGUCCCCUGGAUCACCAUAGCAACGGUCUAUAUGGACAGCACCGCUUCUAUGAAACUCAAAAAGAUCACUUCUACCUGAGAGGCCUUCCCACCCAACCCUCUCUGCACUCCACCAACCACAGCCUCCCCCCACUUGCCAGGACCGCUCCUGGCCACCCCCUCGGCUCCUGCAACAGGGAGACGGACAACACGGUAGGAAGUGGUAAAAGCACUAGGGACGUGGUCGAGAAAGGGCUUUCGACCCUGCCGAAGGAGAAAGAAAGAUCAAGCAGCAAGGAGCGCCACCAGGAGAGUAAAGACAAACACCAGCUUCAUUAUCAACAUACUCGUCAGGCGAGCCCUGCUGCCACUCCAUCCAGCUUCCAUCAUAAAGCUUUCCCACAUCCUCCCCAUGCACUCAUGCCCCACCUCACACCUCAAAGCAAAGAGGAGGAUCCCAGACACCUUCUGGAAAGACACAAGGACAGUGAAAACCAAGGAAUGAAACAUAUGAGUGCCUGUAAGCUCUCCAGCAGUUCUGGUGCAGAGACUGGCUCCAGUGGGAAGGGGGGCACAUUAAGUAGCUGUUUUGGGAGUGGAGCGGGUAGAGCUCCUUCUGGAAGCAGCAGGCGCUGCUACAAAGAACCCACAAACGGGGAGAUGAGGAUCAGUGACUCAACCGCCUCCUCGGAAUGUAUAAGAAGAGGUACCAUCUUGGCACCUCCUCACUCUGUGGCCUCCUACUCCAUGCCUCCCCCUCCUCCUCCACCACCACCUCAUACCCUGCACAUGGGCUCAGCAGUGGUAGGGGGCUGGCUUCACCCACAUCACCAUCCACAUCCAGAGUUUUACUGCCCCCCAGCUCCUAUUAGCAUUGUACCCUCCAAAGAUCCAGCUUCUGGAGGGUCCAGCAGGGAGGCAAAAGUCAUAGGCCCGACUUUUGUACCCUCAGUGGGGCCUUUAGGAGAUCUGGCAAUUCCUGAAUGUCGUGGAGCAGGAAGUAGUGGGAAAAAGGAAGACAAGAAUGGAGAUGGAUCUUGUGAAAAUCCCUCUCAUCACCUCAGUCGCCUUAGUAGUUGCCAGAAGAAGGACAAAUCCCAAACACAUUUGCAGCAGCUGGGAUACGGCAAGGCUGACAAACCUCCUGACUGGAGCCAACAAACACAGCACUUCCCAAAAUCUAAUCCCAACUUGAGCUCUCAGCCUGAGCUGCGGUCGUGUAGCCUGGAAACAUCCUCAUCUCUCAGAGAUGUUGAGGUUGAGGAGGACUUUUACAGGCCCUCUCUUCCACCAGAUGCCCAGGGGACACACCUUGGUACAGGACAGUCCACAUCCAAGAAUGGCUCUCCACCUUUCAGGGACUGCUCUCAUUCAGGUUCUCAUUCUGACGGAAGGGUGGGGUCAGCGAGUCAGAGGGAGGGACAAAAGGUUGCUAGGAUACGACACCAGCAACACGGCAGCCAUGGUGCAGACGAUAGGGGCAGGGAUGGAGGUCAGGCGUUAACAUUUUGGGGUGCACGAGGAGGCCCCCUGGAGGACCAGAGAAAAGACUCCCAUCAUGCAUCAGUGAGCAAUAGUGAAAUAAGAGGGCUCAGUAGUGCAGCUCCAGACAACCAAUCUAAGGGUUUACCCCAUCCCUCACCACACACCACAGAAGGAGAGGGCAGUGCCAUGAAGAACCUAAUGAACUACAGCUCCCAGCAGCCUUUGCUGCUGCCCCAGCGGAGCCCCUUUGGCGGCCUGGGCUGCCUCAAGCAGGCCGGUGAGCAGUCAGAGAAAGGGGGAGGCAAAAACAACAGCACCCUACAAGACCUACCUAAACAAUCCCUCCCUCCUCGCCGAGGCUCCUCUAACGAGGGAGAGAAGGGUGACAAAGGAGGGAGGGAGACCGGGGAGCCAGGAGAGGGGGAGGUACGACAGCCUCCGGUGGGUAUUGCCGUUGCAGUCGCCAGGCCCCCCCAUCGCUCUUCAGACAACACCCCUGGACACAGCAGACAGGGCAGAGUGCUGCCCUGCAUGAAAGGGGUGUCACGUCCUGUGUAUCCACUUGGCCGGGAGGCAGAGGACAGAAAGAGGAUGACGGAGGAUCAGAUAAGUCUUCAUCACCUGGACAGAGACAGAGAGCUUAUUAUUAGGGACAGCAAGGAUCACGUGGAGUUUGCCAGGAUGCACUCAUCAAGUGGUUGCCACGGUGACCUGACAUCUCACCUCCUGGUGCCUGGAGGCGCGAGCCAAUUGGGGGCGGACGCUGCUGCACACGCUCACCACCACUGGAUGCGGAGGACAGGAAGUCCCUCCCUCUGGAUGGGACAUUCAUACAGUCUGAACCACGUGGGUAUGAGUGCCAGCUUCCCCCCAGGUUUGCCCAGCCCUCUGCCGCCUGUGCUUGGUUCACUGAGCCAAGACCCCAACUCCCCACUGAUGGUUCUUCCCACGGAGCCUGGGUCUCAUCAUCACCUUGACGUUUUAGAGCAAUCCAGUCUGUGGCCUCCCGUGUACGGAAGCCGGCGGGCCCCUCCUCACCUGCAGCAUCACCCCGUCUACUCUCGCUCCUCUUUCUUACGGCAACAGGAACUUUACGCCCUGCAACAGCACCGGGCCAUGGAGCAUUUGCAGCGCCAUUCCCUGGCACAGCAACAGAAACACAACGACCACGCUGCGACAGUGGAAGACACUCCAUCAGCAUCGAGACCCCCUUCCUCAUCCUCUUCUUCCACCGCAUCCUCUCAUGUGGCCAAACCCUUCUCGCACACCCCUCCCCCACCAAAGACAUCCACCCCGUCGGCGGGAGUGUGCCCCAGCAGUCGUCAGUCGCCCUGCUACCAUUCCCCAUCCAGGCGACCGCACCCGUCAAAUCUGCUGACCCCCGCCCCGAGCCCUGCAGCGGCUGCCCCACGCUCGCCGGCGCUCAGCCCCGUGCCGUCGCUCCUGCCUAAAGGCCUGGAGAGGAGCAGCGACAGGGGAGAGGGACAGCCACCUCAGGACUACCCACAAUCCUUAGAGCCUGACUUGCCACCUGUGUACGCCUUCCCUCAACUCACCAUGGGUUUCAAGGCCGGGCCCUUGCCGCCUCAAGCUCGCUUGGCUGAACAAGCCUCACAGAAAGCGGAGCCAGCAGAGCCCGACUCCAAAUCUCUCCAGCCUCGCCCCCACAUCCCACCUCUCACUAAAGAUGAGACCAAGAGGGAAGAAGUGGAGAGAGACUGUGAAGUGGUGGAAUCCCGAGAAGAAAAGGAGGAGGAAUGUCAGGGGGAAAUGAACGGAUGCUUUGUUUUGGAGCCUGAGAGGACCAAUUCUGGAAUGCUGCCGUGCCCUUCCCCAUCUUCCGUCCUGAAUCCAACCAACACUGCCACAGGCACAGGCAAAGCCCAAAAGCAACCUGAGCUAUCCAAAGAACAGGAGGAUGAGGAAGAAUGUGGAAAAGAGGAGGAUGGAGGAGAAAAAAUGGAGUGUGGACCGACAGAAUGCACUGUGUUAGUAGAGCAUGCAGAAGAGAAAAAAGAGGAGAACGACAAACAUGAAGAGUUGGUUGUAGAUGGUGAAGAUGAAGAAGCGAUCGAGAGGAGUUUGGAUGAAGCUGAUCCAACGUGCUUUUCAUCUCCAUGCACGGACCUCCACCUCGCUGCCAGCAGAGCAGCUCAGCAGCAAGGCGCCUACAUGUGGAGCCUGGAGCUUCUCAUAGCCGCCGCGCUAUGCGCCACCCGAGAUGCCUCGCACCCAACUGCACCUGCAGCCCGGGCACCUAGCCCUGCGGCACACCAUGGCAUGGAGAUCCUGGGAGAACUGGCCGAGCUGGAGAUUCAGAAGAGGAGUCUGGAGAGCAAAGGGAUGGAAGAUGAAGGUGAGCGCAUGCUGACCUUUGACCUGCACAGUCUGGCAACGCUGGCGGCCGCCCGUGCCUUGGAGAUGGGGGGAGGUGCUGCUCAACAAUGCCCAAUUAGAAAAAGGCUCAACCUGCGCAGGAAGUGCAGCUGGACACCUCGCCAUGAGCCGGUGUGCCAAGUGAAGGGCUCCAUGGAGACGAUGGGAGGGGAGGAGCUGGCCAUGCGUGUCCAGCUGGCUGAGCUACAGCGCCGCUACAAAGAGAAACAGAGAGAACUGGCCAAGCUACAGAGGAAACACGACCACCAGAGAGAGGAGACGUCUCGAAGCCCUGCCCGCAGGGGGCCGGGACGCCCCCGCAAGCGCAAGUCUACCCCUGGUGCGGCGGCUCCAGACUCCUCCAAAAGACUCAGGACUGGCCUUAAUUUACAGGAGGAGGAAAAAAGCAGGAAGAAUCAUGACUUCAGCAGCCUCAGUGCUGCACAGUUAAAAGCAAGCUGUAAGCACAGAGGUCGACCCAGCACGCUGAACUCAAGGCUGGCAAGGCGGGUAACCCAUUUGAAGCAGAGGGCUGCAGCCCAGCAUGCCGCUACAGCCGCGGGCAUGCUGCACUGCAGAGGGGCCACUGGGGCAGAAGAGGCCCCAAAGAGUCACUGUGUACAUGAAGGGAAAGAUUCGCAACAGGAAUGGGAAGCCAGUCAGACCACGAAGAGAAAGAGAGGUCGUAAGCCAAAGGUGCUGAUGAUGGGCGCCGAUGCAAACCGAGCUCCUCACAGUCGCGCUUCUGAGAAACAGGAAGUGAGGGCGGAGAAGAGUGACAGCGAGAGCCCAGGACACGAGUUUGAGGAGGACUGCAGCUGCAACAGUGAUGAGGGCACCAGUGACAUCAGGAUUAGAUCACCCUCCAAAGAGGCUCCAUCAAACACUGCUGGCUCCUUUUCAUCUGGGCUGCACACAAACCAGAAAACAAGGACCAAAAAGUCAGGACCUCCAGGCCCAGGGAGUGUUUCAAACACACACAGGAAGCAAUGCACGGCCAACAGCGAACAUCCAGGUCACCACAGGACUCGAAGGCCGUCCCUUCCCAGCUGGGCGGCCUCCUCAGUGGGCUCCAGCUUUGGGGAUGGCCGGGGGAAUUGUGGAACUCUGACGACGGACAACAGGAAUUGCAAGGAAGCAACAAGGAGGGACUCAACAGUACACAGACAUCUGGAAAAGGCCAAGGGUCACGCAGUGAGUCGACUCCUGCAGAGCUUCACAGCAGAUGACGGCUUUCGCUUGGAUGAAGAGAGCAGCUUCUCUGAGGGAGAGGAGGAUGUGGAAGAAGAGGAGGAGGGAGACGAGAGCAACAAGUCUGUGAUCCACCUUCCUCCCAACAUGCCUUGCAAAAUACCCGCGUUGCCCAACUGCGUGCUCAGCAAAGAGAUGCUGGUGGAUGGCCUGAAGAUUCUGAUCUCUAAAGAGGAUGAGCUGCUCUAUGCCGCCUGCGUCCAAACAUUGGACCUGCCUGACAUAUUUAGUGUUGUCAUUGAAGGAGAGCGUGGGAACCGCCCCAGGAUCUAUUCACUGGAGCAAAUCCUGCAGGAAGCUGUUCUAGACGUGCGGCCUCAGACUGAGGCCAUCCUGACUGCGGGGACGCGGGUUUGUGCUUACUGGAGUGAGCGCUCACGUUGUCUUUACCCUGGUUAUGUCCACAGAGGAGGUCCAGGCGAGGAGAAGGAGGAAAGCGUGAUGGUGGAGUUUGAUGACGGAGACAGAGGAAGAAUCACACUGGCAAACAUCAGACUUUUACCACCAGGAUACCAAAUCUGCUGUGCGGAACCAUCACCGGCGCUUCUGAUCUCACCUGGCCGCCGAUGUAGACGCGGCUCUACACAGGAGAAGAAAGACACACCCACAGAGAAAUCAACCAAUGAGGAACAAGCAGGGAAACCUCAAGAGAAGAGACCAGUUGGCAGGCCCAAGAAAAUCCACUCAGUGCCUAAGACUGCCAGCACAGCAGCAACAUCAGAGUUAGACUCCCAAAUUAAAGGCAACACUUCCUUGGUGAGCUGGUCUGCACCCAGGAAGAGACCCCCAGUUGACUUCUUCCUUUUCAAUGGGACUUCACGUAAAACCCAGAAGAGAUCCCGAGAGCGAGACAUGGGGUUAUUUCAUCGCCCUGCCUCCCACUCACUCAUGCCAGCAACCCCCCUCAAAGGUAUCUUUGGCUCCCCUUUUGCAGUUGACUCUUUCAGCAGCAUCGCCAACAGCUACUCUGCCUUCGGAAGUGGAAGAAGCGCCAUGCCAGGGUGCCUGGUAAACACCGCAUCUACCAUGGCGCCUCGGGAUUCCUCUUCUUGCGCCUCAGCCGUCACCCUGGCGAUGGCAACGGGGAGCAAGAAGUUAGUGAAGAAGCAAGAAGUUAGUGAACGAGACAGGAAGCAUUUCCUGGUGAAGCUUGAUCAUGAAGGUGUGAUGUCACCUAAAACAAAGAAUGGUAAGGCCCUGCUUCGACUUGGGAAUGGAGGAAGGGGAGGUAGAAGUUUUUCAUCAGCGGGCGCUCCACUACGAUACAUUCACCCGUCCAUGUUGGUGAAGGAUGCAAAGAAAGGAGAAAAUGAUCGGAUAGGCACCCCCCCUUCGCAGAAAGACCCACUGUCCGGCAGUCAUGGAGGCCAAGCUGGAGAUUACAGUCUGGACUACGCCAGCGACUGCCCAAGUUCUUACUCUGAGCUCGAUGAGGACGACGAGGACGGUGGUGACGACACAAGGGCGCGAAGAAGAGGCACGUCCGUCGCAUCUCAUCGGCAUGGUGGCUUUCUCUCCCGCCUCUCAGUUUGCUCCUCCUCCUCCUCAUCAUCAUCUUCCUCUUCCGGCUCCGUAUCAUCCUCGUCCCUUUGCUCCUCAGACAACGACUCCUCCUACUCGUCCGAUGAAGAGUCCUCCUCUGUUCUCCUGCGCCGCGCUCUUCUCCAGCAGGACAAGCACAAGCACAGACACAACUUGACUUCUGACCUGCUGAGCCCUGAGUCCACCAACACCAACUCUACAACCACCACUCCAGCUCACCCUUAUGUGGCCAAAACCAGCAUGACCCACUCUGCGUCAAAAGGGAGGGUGGAGAGAUCUGAGGACAGGGCCGAGUAUUUGCCAAAAGGAAGCAUGGGGGCCAAGACUCAACGGAGGAAGGAAGGAGUUCUUAAUAGCAACCAGCGUCUUAAACCUGCCCUGAAAGACCCAACAGCAACUAAAAGGCAGAGGAUGUCUUCACCUGAGCCACAAGCCAACAUGGCUCCACUGCUACCUGGGCGCCAGCUGUGGAAAUGGUCUGGUAACCCAACACAGAGGAGAGGUCUGAAGGGAAAAGCUCGCAAGCUCUUCUACAAGGCCAUCGUACGGGGCAAGGAGACGGUGCGGGUCGGUGACUGUGCCGUCUUUCUGUCACCGGGCCGGCCCCAGCUGCCUUACGUGGGCAGAGUGGAGAGCCUGUGGGAAUCAUGGAGCUCCAGCAUGGUGGUCAGGGUCAAGUGGUUUUACCACCCGGAGGAGACUCGCUUAGGGAAGCGACACUGCGACGGCAAGAAUGCGUUGUACCAGUCGAGUCACGAGGACGAGAACGACGUCCAGACCAUCUCUCAUCGCUGCCAGGUGGUCAGCAGGGCCGAGUACGAUCACAUGAUCCGAGACCACAAGUCCGGCACCACAGGGAAUGACCUUUUCUACCUGGCCGGAACGUACGAGCCCACAACAGGCCAGCUGAUUGGCGCUGACGGCAUGGCUAUUGUGUCCUAGCACCCAUGGCUAUAACGUCCAAAACUCUCAAGCUGAUGGCUUCUAUGACUGCCAGUUAGGACCAGACGGGAGGGGCUACCCAGUGGCAGUUCUGGCACUUAUAAAAGGAGUCUGCUUGUUUCUUCCUGUAACCUGAAGCAACAAGAGUCUUCAGGUGUGUGCACUUUGGAGUUCCGUUGCUUGGAUAUGCUAUGGCAGACUCAAGAGAGCGGGAAGACAGGAUAGGAAGGAGAGUCACUGUAAACCACACUGGUUUGGAAAAUUUGGAAGGUCUUAUACUGCUAGUUUGAAGACGAGGAGAUCCCCAACAGGACCAAAAAACACAAAAAAAUGCACUCAUUAGGAGUAUGUGUGUCACUGUGUGUGUAUCACUGGUUGGAAGCAAAGAUUACGCCAUUGGUAUGUCUUUUAACACACAGUCCGUCAAGCCAUACACAUCAAUACCUCUCUUGCAUCAGUCAGGUGCAAAGACACUUGUACAGGUAGUUGGUUUGCUUUUUUUUCGGAAUGCGUGUGUGUGCAUGGGAAACGGCGUAUGUGCUUUAAGUAGCAUUAUGUGUAUAAUGUAAAUACUAUACAUAGAUAUUUGUCCAUGUUUUUUUUUAAUAAUUUGUUUGAGCAUUUUACUUAGAUGUUAAAGGCUGUUAUUUCUCUUUGAAUGCACUGAAAAUGAUCACAGAGAAGGUCAUAAAAAUACGCCUGAUGUGAAAAGGCCUACUUUUGCGGGCUCGAAAGCUUUUAAACAUGCGUCCAUCAAAUUGUUAUUAGAACAUGCAUUUCCUGACUGAAAAAGAAACCAAGUUUCUGCUUUUCACUCAUCUAUUUCAGCCUGUAUUUCUAUGAAAUGUAAAUAUUUGUCUGGCAUCUAAAAGAACUAUACCAAAGCACCUGUGAGUUUACACUUCAUCACAUUAGAAGAUCGUUUUAUGAAUCAAAUCAAUCAAAUCUGAAUCCGGGACCCCUGCAAUCACGGAGGGUUUUUUGUUUUUUUAAGUGGAGUUCCUCUCGUCACACGUGCUCUUCAUGAUCAUCCAGUGUUGCUAUGACAGCCCUCCCAGAGACGUCGUAGCAGCAUUGCACACUGCCCAGCUGAUGCACUUGAGGUCUCUAUGGCAACCAGAAUGGCAUCAUGUGACUGUGAAGGACAAUCAGCGCCAAUCAAUGGGACGAUGUUGAGAGACAAAAAAAAAGGAUCAAAUCACAAAAUGCUUCUUGUCACUUUUAUUCCUGCUUUGCCAAAAAUGUCUGCGUGUUUGUGUGUGUGUGCGCGCGCCACAUUGUUUUCUUACAUGCAAGCCUGUGAUGACUGUUGUAUAGGAUGUACAGACACACACGCCUUUUUCUUUCUAGGGCUUUGACUGACUUUUUACAACUAUGUUGACAACAAACACUUUUUGAAAUGUGAAACUGUUUUAUAAAAAAAUAAGUUUAAAAUAAGAAACACUGGAUUCACUUCUGAUCAUCCCAUUUUAACAUUUUUUUUCCUCCCCACUGGAACCUGCUUUGUAUGGUUGAGAUGGCCUACUAAGAUAUAUUAUUUCUUAUUAUGGAAGUAUUUCAUUAAUAUUUCCACAUGUACAAAAUGACAAAUAUUUAUCUUAAUUUUAUUGCCUUUUUGUGUUUUAUUAAAAAAAAUAUUUCUUAAGA